UGCAUUCGAACCACGCCGCCGUUCUAGCUCGCCUGGACCGCAACUCAAGUGUGCUACCACCACUACACAGUACAGCGCCCCUCAAAGCCCGCCAACGCCCACAGACUGUUUCAAACCAAUCGGUUAUGGCCAGCCAGUAACUUGCUAUGGUUCUCAGCUUACUCCGAUAUUGCCAGCAAUUAGUUGCUUAUUUCCAUUACAUGUCGAAUCACCUGUGCACGUCGAAUCGCACUAUCCAGGCUCAGUUGUCGAUUCACGAUUCUUCUCUUUCAAGCCACAACAAGAUGUAAACGACAUGUACAAAUAUGCGUAUCCAUCUGAGACUCCGUUGGGUAUGGGAAGCGAACGAGAGAUGUUUUACUUUAAUAAUAGAAUGCCUGGACUUAGCAUGCGUUAA